AUGACGGCAGCAAUGGAAAGAGCUAUUGAACAACUUACCGCUUUCUUGACCGAGCAAGCGGAAAGAGCUGGAAAUGGAGGUGGACACCAACCAGCGGAAGAGGACGUCUACCACGGAUUUUCCAAGAUCACGAUGCCAUUAACCAAGUUGACGAAGAAGGAUCAGCCUUAUAAAUGGACGCUAGGGUGCGAAGCGAGCUUUAAGGAAAUUAAGAAGAGGCUAACUACGUCGCUAAUUUUGGUAUUGCCCGAUCCUGCAAAGGAAUUUGAAGUGUAUUGUGACGCGUCAAAGAUGGGACUAGGAUGCGUGCUAAUGCAAGAGCGUAAAGUAGUAGCGUACGCAUCAAGACAACUUAGGCCUCAUGAAGUGAAUUACCCCUCUCAUGACCUAGAGCUAGCAGAAGUAGUGUUUGCGCUCAAGAUCUGA